GGUCACACACAGGACCAAGCAGGAGAAGGACCUCGGCAUUUUUACCUUUUAUUACAAAUGGAGAAACAUGAAGAUGUUCAAUACUGUUUUCAAGACGGAAACUCUUCUUGCAGAAAGGCUUCGCUAUCGACAUCUAUCUACAUAACACUGUACAUCUUCUUCUCAUUGAUUUCAGCAGUUACAGUAUUUUUGAACCUACUGGUGAUCAUCUCCAUCUCUCACUUCAAGCAGCUCCACACUACAACCAACCUGCUCAUCGUAUCUCUGGCUGCAUCAGAUCUCCUGGUGGGACUGGUUGUGAUACCAGUAAUGACUGUAGCAACAAUGGAAUCAUGCUGGGAUUUUGGUGAAUAUUUCUGUGUGAUUCAUGCCUACUUUGCUUGUUUAUGUACUUCUUUAUCUCUGGGUAAUUUGGUCAUGAUAUCUAUUGACCGCUAUGUUGCUGUGUGUGAUCCCUUAUUGUACCACUCUAAAAUAACAAUAUCAAGAAUCAUGUGUUGUAUAUCCAUUACCUGGUGUUGUUGUAUCAUGUACCGUGCUGCUAAUACACAUUUUUUUGUAAAUGUACAGGGACCAAGUAGGUGUUUGAAUGAAUGUAUUACCGUUGAAGGGUCAAUCUGGGUUAAUAUCACUGACAUUGUAAUUACAAUGGUUGUCCCGUGCUCUGUUAUUGUAACACUUUAUUUGAAAAUCUUUGUGGUGGCCAGAUCACAGGCCAGAAAGAGUAAACAGUAUCUGAGAGAGCUGCUCUGGUGUGACCCCUGA